CACAACCAGUAUGGACGUGGCACAGUGAGCUUCUCUGUUUGUCUCAUUCAUUCUCUCCUUGAGCAUCACACUGUACCCAAUUAUUUGUCCAUCAUCUUUACCUUUAAACCUUUUACUCUGCCACAUUUCGCUUCUUCCAUCUCUCCAACUGUGUUUGUUCUGUCCUUCCCAUUCCCUCAUCCUGUCUGCCGUCAGAUACAGAGCUACAAUGUGUGGUCGGAAGAAAUAAGCUUUUAGUGUCAGCUAUUAGCCGAUUGCUCUCUCCAUCCUCUCAGAGAGCAAGGCUCUUAGUAAGGUGACCUCGUCAUCCACCAUCAUCUCUGGUCCAUCACUGACCUGCUUCCCGUCACUGCUCACGUCAGGAGGUUGGGAUGGGCAGGAGGGUGGGUGAGUUAGCCAGGAGCUCAAGGGUUAGCAACAGUGUAGGUGAUGCCAGAGAGUAAAGGAAGAGGAAAAGGAGGAUGUACAGGCGGAUGCUCGCAGGGCAAGUGGAAGCUGAAGAAGGGAGGCAGCCGCUCAGCCAUCCCGGCACUCUUCACCAUCACUGAGGAAGACGAGGGACGGAAGCGGAGAGGUGCUUGCAAAAGGAAGAAAAAAGUUUCUUACUCCCAGUAUAAAUCAGAGGAUGGCACGGUGUCAUCAGCUGCCCGUCCGGGUUCCUCGGGCUCUGGACAGAUCUACACUCCCAGCCCGACCUCAAUCCCUGCUUCAAUCCAUAGCCACACCACCACCAGCCCCAGUAACAAUGCUGCUACCAAACUGGACUCAUUGCUCUUCAACAAGAUUGACGAGAGACAGAGGCUGGCCCGUGAGCGUCGUGAGGAGCGUGAGAAACAGAACGCUAUCAAGGAGGUCCAGUGGCAGGCACGUGAGGAGCGAGCCAGGCAGCACUAUGAGAAACACCUGGAGGAAAGAAGGAGGAGGCUGGAGGAGCAGAGGUUAAAGGAGGAGAAGAGACGGAUCGCCGUGGACGAGAAACGGCGGCAGAAACUGGAGGAGGACAGGGUUCGUCAUGAAGCAGUGAUUCGUCGGACAUUGGAGAGAAGCCAGAAAACCAGUCAGAAGCCCAAUCGCUGGUCAUGGGGAGGGGCUCUGUACCCAAACACUCCCAACACACCAGCCGGUUUUGUCGAGUCGGCUUUCCUCUAUCCACUCGACCUUGCUGGACUGGAGCACAUGCAGAGUGCUUCCAGUCUCUACCGCAGAUAUGGAUUGACCUCCCAAUAUGGUGACAGACGGUCAGUGUCCACAGUGAAUUUAUCCAAACACGCAGACCCCAUCAUUACCAAGCGCCUCUCCUAUUCCUCUGCCACACUCCUGCACUCACCAGACAGAGGCUUACAGAUGAGAACAGCCUCCUCUCCUGUCAUUAACAAAGCUCAGUCCAAACUCCGCCUGCACCAGGGAAAGACCCCCCCGCAGAAAGGCACAGGCCCGCGUCGCCUCCCACUGACGCCGUGGGAAAGCAACGUGGUGAAUCGCCUGCAGCAGCCGACACACUCCUACCUGGCCCGCAGUCGCAGUGCCAUGAGUCUGUCUGGAGAGCAAGCAGCCAUGCCUGUGUGUCCUCGCUCAGUGUCUUGCCACCCGAUGGGCUCCGUGUCCUUCAAGGUUCUGCAGACUCAGCCGCUGCCUCACUGCCGCAGCCAUGACAGGAACCUCAGCAGGGAGACGGCCUCGUCCUCCUCCACCACCACCCCACGCAGGAGGACGACCGAAACCACACAGCGAAAGGACCGCGACAACGUCAGGAAGUCAUGGAGCAACCUUUCACUGCCACUGGCCCCCAUUAUGAUGGUUCCUCCCAACAAACACUCCUCAUCUCUAGGCAAAAAGAAAGUGACAGCACCCUCUCCUGGCAGGCCUCCACAGAAGACACCAGCGCGUCCUCCAACUCCCAAGCUGCUUAAGUCCCCCGGGGCAGAAGACACGGGUAACCUUCGUCCUGUAAGAAUCACACCCGACAGUCCCCGCCCCCCGACUCCCACCAGAGCCCAAGAGAAGGAGCAAGAAAGGGUCCUCAGCCCUCCUGAGCCUCGACCUCAGCCACUGGGUCAGAACAGGACAUCAAAUGAGCAGACAACAGCAGCAGCAUCCAGCGAGAACAUAAGCAGUCCUCCAGCACAAAAGCCUUCAGCAGGCACCACAGAUCCAGAGGAGGCGAGUCGUAUCCUCGCUGAGAAUCGGCGACUGGCCCGUGAGCAGAGGGAACGCGAGGAAGAAGAGCGCAGGCUACAAGAGGAGCAAGCAAGGUUGGCGAGAGAGGAGAUCGCUCGCCGAAAGGCCGAGGAGCGAGCGAAGAGAGAGGAGGAGGCUCAGCGGCAGGAGGAGGAGAAAAAAAGGAGGGAGGAGGAGGAGAGGAAGGUGGAGGAAGAGAGACUUCAAAAAGAGAGAGAGGAGGCAGAGAAACAGAAAGAGGAAGAAGAGUCUCGACAGAGAGAGGAGGCAGAGCGGCUGCGGCAGCAGAGAGAGAAACACUUCCAGAAAGAGGAGGCUGAACGACUGGAGAGAAAGAAGCGUCUGGAGGAGAUCAUGAAGAGGACAAGACGUUCAGACACAGCAGAGAAGAAAGUUAUUCCAAGCAGGAAUGGAGACAACACAGCUGCUCCUGCUCCAUCUGCAGUGACAGGGUCACCUUUACACAGCAGCAACAGCAACAGCAACAGUCGGCAACCUGAGCCCAACACAAACCCCAGCACUGCAGCACUGAGCCCUCCUGGGCAGAGGGAGAAUGGGGAGUUUGAGGAGGUGAUUGUCCUGCCUUCACAUUCCAGGUUGUCUCCUCCCGAGGGAGAGGAGGAGCAGCACAUUCAGCAGGAGGAGAGAGUUCCUGUCAUAGCCUUCAGGGAGAACGGUCUCCUCAAACCUUUGAGUGGAAUAGAGGAUAUAUCAGCUCAGCAGGGUCCAGAUGUCGCCUGAGUCAUCGUGUGACCCAAGAUGAUUCUACACCUAGUGAGACAGGAAGAAAGGUGGAGAAACACGGAGCAGCUGCACUGAAUCAAAGGCGGGACCUGCAGCAAUCGGAGGUUUAUUAUCUUGCCCGCCCAAAAACAGCAGAGCACCACAGCCACGUCCCAAAGAUGGCGUCUCCAAAGAUGAAACUCAAUCCUCUCCAGUGAGAGCAGAAGUUACUUUUCUCUUCAACACACUCUCUGUGGAACAGGUAAACUUUCAGUCUCUGACCACGUUUACAAUUCUUACACCCGAUUCUGAAGUCAGCAGUGGACAACAGACAUUUCUUUUGACCGUGUGCAUGUGUUUGUAUAAGUGUGUGAGAAGGACUAAUGGUAAUAAAAAAGAGAUUAGUCAUAAUACUUGAAGUGUGUGUGAAUCAGUACCACAGGUUCACAUACAUUAGAUUUCAUUAAUGUGUGUUUUCCCUUUGACUGGAAUGUUUUAACAUCUCUAUUGAAAUGACAUAGAAGAGAUGGGAUGAAGGAUUGAUGUCGUUGUAUAAAGACUACAGUACAGGAAAGGUUCACGUCGUGUAAAAUAUACGUCACUGUGUCAUCAGUGUUUGAAACUAGAGGUUAUUCUUUGGAUGAGACGGCAGCAGCAGUAUCAUGGAGUUUAAGUUAAAUAAUGACCUAAUGAAAAAUACUUUUUUCUCAAACAACUGAGAAUUAGGGUGUAAACUACGGUUUGUUUGUUGUUUUAAUUGCUUUGAAAUGUGUUUUUGUCUUGUCCUCAUCUUCCUGUCUUCACUUUCUGUUGAGAAUGAGAUAAAAAAAAAAAGCAUCCUUAACUACUAAGUCACACCCCCUUUUUUCAUUAAUUAAUAAACGCUGCUAAUUCUGAAGUUCCUUUGCCUUACCACAUUGUGGGAAGAACUUAUCUGUACUUAGUUUCACUUUAAAUUAAAAUAUGCAUUCCCUGUAUGAGCUUUGAUAGUCUGGCCACACACUGAAGCUCUGUGUGAGCUCCCUUUUUCUUCAUCUCUGUCAGUCGUGAGCUGUAAUGUUUCAUAACUGAAUCUGUACUACAGCUUUCCACUGUGACAGGGAUUAAAGUGAAACACUGGAGCCCAACACAUUCACGCUGGCAUGAGCCUCACUUUUCACACAAUUCUCAGCAAACUUGGCGUUUAGUUCUCAAAGAUUUGCAACAGCACAAGUGAAAUGUAACUUCAAAUGAAACGUGUUGGUUGUGAAGUGCUGGUAUGGCAUGCUGUUAACAACACGGCAACUUGGCGUAGCUUGCGAAUCACUGCUGUAACGCGGGCAAAAACCUUGCGUUUAGAAUAUUACACAUAGCUAUGUAAUUGAUGUAUAAAUGUUUAUAUUUUACUAAGACUGACCAUGAGGACUUGAGAAGUAACAAGCCCUUUACUUCAGAGGACAAGAUCUUUGAACCGCUGUAAAUCUGAAAUCUUUGUACAACAGUUCAGCUGUGCUGUUUGAAAAGAAAAAAUAAACUUUUUGAAUUGAUUACCUA